AUGUCUUCGGCGGACAUUGGCUUCCAGGCAGCCUUGGAGGAGGCGCGCACAGGCAGCAGUGAGGGCGGGCUGCCUAUUGGGGCCUGCCUUGUGUCUGCCCAAGGCAAGAUUCUUGGCAGGGGACACAACAUGAGAAUACAGAGGGGCAGUGCCACGCUUCACGCGGAGAUUUCAGCCUUGGAACGUGCGGGCCGACUUCCAGCAUCUGCCUACCAAGAUGCAACCAUGUACACCACACUUAGUCCCUGCGACAUGUGCACCGGAGCCUGCAUCCUCUACAAGGUCAAGAGAGUGGUCAUUGGUGAGAACCAGACGUUUGUAGGCGGAGAAGACCAUCUCAAGAGCAAAGGAAUCGAAGUCGUGGUGCUGCAGGAUCCAGAGUGUCAGAAUCUGAUGGCUGAUUUCAUCAAAGAGAAGCCACAGGAUUGGAACGAAGAUAUCGGCGAGCAAGACCAUUAG